AUGUCUACCAAGUCGGCCUUUCGAAACUGGGAGGCUGAGAACGACAUCAUUACGGUAGAUCCCUCUCAAAACGCUCUCUACACUCUACCCGACCCUGCCUCCUACAAGACCCUCCAGAACGAUGCACCAUGGAAGAAGAAUCUCAACUAUUUUACAAACGUCCGCAUCUCAGCCCUCGCUUUACUCAAAAUGACCACACACGCACGCUCUGGUGGUAGCAUAGAAAUCAUGGGCCUGAUGACCGGCUUUGUCUCAGGGACAUCAAUCAUCAUCACCGAUGCGUUCCGACUUCCAGUCGAAGGCACAGAGACGAGAGUCAAUGCGCAUGCCGAUGCGGACGAAUACAUGGUGAACUUUGGUGUCAUGUCAAGAGAAGGAGGCGGUCAACUUGAGAACCCCAUUGGAUGGUACCAUUCACACCCUGGCUAUGGCUGCUGGCUCUCGGGCAUCGACGUGCAUACGCAGAUGAACCAACAGAUGGUCAACGAUCCCUUUGUGGCCGUGGUCAUCGACCCAGAUCGGACCGUCAGUGCCGGAAAAGUUGACAUUGGAGCUUUCAGAACAUACCCCGAGGGCCAACGGCCGAAAAACAAGUCAUUCACGGAUGACAGCGAUGACUUCCAGGCCAUUCCACCGGGCAAGAUGGAGGACUUUGGUGCACAUGCCAAUUCGUAUUAUCCGCUUGAAGUUUCCCACUACAAAUCAACUCUCGACACGCACCUACUAGACCUUCUUUGGAACAAAUACUGGACCUCGACAAUCUCACAGUCGCCACUAUUCACCAACAGAGACUACGCAAACAAACAGAUCGCCGAUCACGCAAUCAAGAUCAAGGACGCGACCAGGAUGCAAAAGUUAGGGGUCAACAUGAACCGGAGAGGUCAAGAAUUGGCGGGCAACGGCGAGAAGGAUUUCAAGGUGGUCAAGAAUGGCGCGCUGGAGCAGAUCGUCCGAGGAGGCAACAAGAUUGCGUCCGAAGAGAUGGCUGGUCUGUUAGCCAGCCAGGUCAAAACCCAGCUGUUUUGGGGUGUUGUGCAUGAGGCUCGGGUCAAGGCGGCAAAAGAACAAGCCACAAACGCUGCAGCUGGUGUAUGCGUGUCCAACAAUGGCGGUUGA